CUCAGAGCGGCGUGCGCCGAGCGGGGAGUGAGAUCACCCGCGUUAUAAAUAUCCCGGUGCCUGAGCCCGGAUCCGCGCCGGUGGCCUCUCCCCUCGUUCGCCCUCCGCUCCCCCCACUCCCCCCUGGUCCCCGAGGCUAUGUCCACCCGGUGCCGGGAGAGGGGCCGCGUCAGAGGCACGCAGCCGCGCGCGGGCUACGGAGCCCAGGAGCUGCCCUCCAAGAUGCACUUCGGACCCCCGCGGCUGGAAGAAUGAGCUUGCCCUUCCUCCUCCUCUUCCUCAGCCACCUGAUCCUCAGCGCCUGGGCUCAAGGGGAGAAGCGCCUCGCCCCCAGAGGGCAGCCGGGACCCGGUGCCGGUGACAGGAACCCGGGAGGCGCCCGCAGCAGCCGGAGCAGCGGUAGCAGAGCGUCUUCUGCUUCCUCGACCUCCUCCUCCCCCUCCUCCUCGUCCUCCUCCUCCUCGUCCUCCUCCUCCUCCUCCUCCUCCUCCUCUGCAGCGUCUCCCGGCACUCAGGGCAGCGGCUUGGAGCAGAGCAGUUUUCAGUGGAGCCCCUCGGGGCGCCGCACCGGCAGCCUCUACUGCAGAGUGGGCAUCGGCUUCCAUCUGCAGAUCUACCCGGAUGGCAAAGUCAACGGCUCCCACGAAGCCAAUAUGUUAAGUGUUUUGGAAAUAUUUGCUGUGUCUCAGGGGAUUGUAGGAAUACGAGGAGUUUUCAGCAACAAAUUUUUAGCGAUGUCAAAAAAAGGAAAACUCCAUGCAAGUGCCAAAUUUACAGAUGACUGCAAGUUCAGGGAACGGUUUCAGGAAAACAGCUACAACACCUAUGCCUCCGCAAUACACAGAACUGAGAAAACGGGCCGGGAGUGGUACGUGGCCUUGAACAAACGAGGGAAGGCGAAACGCGGCUGCAGCCCGCGCGUGAAACCCCAGCACAUCUCCACGCACUUCCUGCCCAGGUUCAAGCAGUCGGAGCAGCCCGAGCUGUCCUUCACCGUGACUGUCCCCGAGAAGAAAAAGCCACCCAGUCCCGUGAAGCCCCGGGUCCCUCUCGCUGCACCUCGCAAGAGCCCCAACACAGUGAAAUACAGACUCAAGUUUCGCUUUGGAUAGCACCCGCCUUGGCCUUGGCCUUGGGCGGAACCGUGUUCUGGCUCAGGAGUCCGUCGUCUUGAAAAACUCUGAAGGACACUCUUCGGACACAGCUUCAGCGAUGCUCCACCGUGUCGAAGCAGGGCGCUUGUUGCAGUUCGGCUGAAGCUACAAUGUUUCCUCCUAGGAACUGAACUGGAAUUCUUUGUACCAACAAAGAGAGCAACGCCUUGGGUUCCCGUCAGGCGUCUUUUGCUGUGUACUGAAUUCACACUCGCCUUCUGUAUUUUCAGAAAGUUAAACAGCAAUGGACUGUGUAUUUUUCUGACUUUUAUGGAUCAGCCCGAAAGAACACACAUGACACAUUUUUUUAAAAAAAAAUUUUUGGUUUCCAAAGACUAUUUUGAUGCAGAUAAAUAUUUUAUUAAUUUUUGUGGUUUUUUGUUUUGUUUUUUUUUAAAAAGUACCUCUGCAUUGAGCAUAUUUUCUUACUUUUAUUAUUUUAAUGAAUAUGAGAAACAACUGUUUUAAUGCAGUUUUAUGAAUUACAAAUGUGUUCAUAGCCUAUUUGUAACAUGUGGAUUUCUUUGUCAGUUUCAUUAUCCAUUGCACUUUUAAUUUUUUAUUAUUUUUUUACCAUACCUCAGAUAAUGUAAGCUUAGUUCUACAUCUUAAAAUGUUUAAAUUCUCUUCAAUAGCACCUAAAGGCUCAGUUUGAAUUUGUGUGUGUGUGUGUGUGUGUAUGUGUGUGUGUGUGUGUGUGUGUGUAUUUAAAUUCAUGGCGUUAUCCUGGUUCAUGGAAUUCUAUCUCUCUUGUAGACACAAAAGGUUAUAUGGGCUAAAUGCAAAAGGAUAAUGUAAUAACUUUUUGAUGGAAUUUAGAGUUGAAGAUAGGAAUAGAAUUAGAGGUACAAAUACACUGUUUGUAGCAUUUUACUGGUAUCUACUUCUGCUCAGUCUUUAUUUCUUUUAUCUACUCCCUGCCCUCAGUCUUGAACAGCUGGAGAAAUACUCUUAAUUCUCUCCAUCAAGCAUACACUAUGAACGCAGACUACUUAAAAAUACCUCUUCUCUGAUCCUCUGCUAUCCUUAUUGUAUACUCACGGGGAACUAGUCCCACAGGGGAAGACGUUUUACGAACUGAAGGAAAUGAAUCCUGUAAAUUGAUCCAUGCCAAGUUCUCAUUGUCAAAGCAUUUUUAUUAGUCAGUCAAAUACUCUUUGCCUUUUCUACCAUAAGGUUAAUCAUUCCAGUGAAUAGUUUUCUGCUUCAUAGAAAAAAUUUCUGAUCUGUAUUUUUUAAAAGGUGAUAUGGGAAACUUAAUUGGGAAAUUUGAUGAUUGAAACGGUACUAAAUUCUCAAUGCAAAUACUUAAUGUUUGAUAUAGAUCACAGACAUGGCAGAAAAGAGUCAACCUAACUUAUUUGUCUCCUCAAGUACAAGUAUUUAUCAUAAGAAAUGUGGUGAUAAAAAUGUACAGCUACUGUUUAGAGAGACAUAUGUCUCUUGAAGGAAGACAUAUUCAAUGAAAAUUUGUGAUGUACUUAAGCGUGUUUCUUUGAAAGGGUACUGAUAAACAUUUUUAAAAGAAAAUUUAUUUUGGUGUAUAAAUGCAAAGUAAAAAGUAAGCAAAAUUGAUGUUAUUGCCACUUAAACAGAUAGUUUUCGGUUUAGGGAGACAAAAUAUACGCAUGUAAUACAUAAACUCCAUCUAUUCACUAAAAACAUCAUGCAUAAAUUAUGAAAUAAUAUAUUAUAUAAUUACCUGAUUAAAUGUUAUCUGCAUUUAAUGCAGGACUUGAAAAAUAUAA